AUCAGUUGCCUCACCUCACAAGUGUUCAGGUAUGUGAAGUGGGUGGACAAACUGCCGAGUUUUCACACAAAAUCUACGUGAUUUUGUUGUGUUAAAUUCACCAAGUGCAACAUAACAUCUUUUAAAAGUUGCUUAAAGCAAGAUCUUACCAAGCACAAGUUCAUACUAGUGUGAUAAAGUGAGUGAUUUUAUUAUCAAGUCCAUAACAGUGCACAGAAGAAAUCCUAUAAUAAAUAAGUUUGGAUAUAAGUUUAGUGGUAGUGCCUGGGGGCGUGAUAGUGGAAUAUACCUAACGUACCUGGGUCGGGAGAGAGAGAGAUUCUUCCCUCCGUCACCUAGGAUGAUGUUUGCUGCCUCUUCCAUUCGGCCAAGAUCAUCAUCCUUUCCCCUGGUGAUGGGGAGUUGAAGAAAAAAAAGAAAUCGCCCCCAUUCGUAUGCAUGGAGAUCUUCACACAGCCAUUUACAACUAGUUUAACAUCCCACAAUAUAUAGUUCACAGCAGCCUAGUAGGCUUAUUUUUUGUCAAAGAUGUCUAAUUACAAGUCCGACUGCCGAAAGUUCCAGCCCAACAUCUUCAACAAGAGCAAAUGCACCAAUUGUUUCAGGCAACGAGAGGAACAUUCUGCCGAGGCGUUGGAAUCUAAUAGGGUUCGUGGUAACGGUGUGGGCGGCCGGACGGGCCGUGGGCGCACCAAGGUACGGGAACUCAUGUGGCGACCGCGCCCACGGACUUGCCCCGUCCUCUCUCCUACAGCCCACACUCAAACCAGUAAAGCUAUUUGGAGGUCGUCCUCGUCCUCGACUGGGUCCGAAGCCUCACCCACCACCGACGGUCCCUUAUCCUCGGCUAGUCGCAAAGUGUCCAAAUGUGGUUACCUGUUCGUCGCCCCUGACUGGGACUUUUCCAACCCCUUGAACAGAACAAAGAGAUGGCAAAGACGUUGGUUCGUCCUGUACGACGACGGAGAGCUCACCUACUCCGUCGACGACCUCCCUGCCACUGUCCCUCAGGGUGUCAUCAACAUGAAUCGGGUAUUGGAGGUGUCACAAGCUGAAGAUGUUACAGGCAACCAAUACAGUCUUGCCAUCACGGCUCCUGACCGAGUCACUUUCAUCAAGGGAACUUGUAGAGAAGAGUCGCGCUGGUGGAUGGAUGUUCUCUCAGUUUUCCCAAGAACACUGAAGCAGCAGGGGCGACACAAGAGAAACGCAACGUUCCCAGGAAUUAAAGCAACAACAGUACUAAAGCAAAACUUGGUGCAUCAGUCUCCCUCCACCACCUUAGCACCCACAACCUUCGAGACAUCGAUGGGACAGAGGGUGCGUUUUCACAGCUGUACCUCCGACCCCUUGGGUGGCCGACCACCCUCUGCUCCAGCCAUGGACAUCGAUGAAGAUGUGUUUCCUACUAAGGAUUCCUCUACUUCCAGUACACCCAUAUCUCCUUCAUCUACUCAACCACCUACUCCUUUAUAUCAUUCGACCCCUCUCUCCUCUCUUCCACCUUCAACCAGGAUGUUGAGGGAUGAACAUAAAGAAAAUACCCCACCCUAUCCAGAAGAUUAUAUAGAUAAUCCUCCAACUUCCGAGUCACCACCUACACAAGAUAAAUUGAGUCAUAAAUUCCGAACUCGGCGGGCAAUCAAACGAGAAGCCCGUGGCCUAACACAACCCAGGAGUAAGUCGGAAAUGUCAGCAUUACUACCAGCUAACCUACCAUCAGCAUUGUCUCCCUUAAGUCGUGGGCCUGCUACCACAACAACAGGAAGCACCACCUCACCCUCAUACUCCUCUAGUGUGAAUACCACCACCACUACUACAUCCUCUUUUUCAUCCUCUGUAGGAAGCCCUUCUAUGUCCUGCUCCUCCUCAGCUCUUGAAAGUUCCCAUUCUCAUAUGUCUCCUACUCCAUCUGUUAUUGAUCCUCUGACCUCAUUGGAAGGACGUCCUAUUCGUCGGGCAACUAUUGCUCUAACAUCUUCCCUUUCAUCAUUAUCUUCAAUAAAUUCUUCUUCCACAAGCUCUACUUUAGGGAUGAAUUCAUCUCUAUCCUCCUCAGUUGGUGGUACCAUUAGUGGAGGUGAGGGUGGAGGUGGUGGGUUGUCAUCGUUACGGAGUCUUGACUCUGGUGUGCAUGUUCCAACUAGACCUCAUCCACGCACAGCGCCAGACAAACCAGGUGAGGUCACAAGACAGCAGUUGUUAUCUGAUUUGGAGGAAACAAAACGGGAAGAGAAACUGAAAGAUAUUGCAGAUUCAAUUACAAGGCUAAGGGGAAGCUCGUCACUCAACUACCUCAGUAGCAAGCCUGGUCUUGAUGAUGUCAAACCUACACGAGAGCGAGAUUCCCAAGAUGAAACUGAUAGCUCUGCAAAAUUAUUAAAAAGUUCUUCCCAAGAUAACUCGGACAUAUCACACCCUGAUCAUCAAGUUCGUGGUGAUCCAGAUGGCUGUGGCCUUGAGGUAUCUCCACCUUACACUGCUAAUCCAGAUCUUCAGCGUGUUGACUUGCCUGCAGAAGACUUGUUGUACAUCAAGAAGGGCUGGCUCAUGAAACUCUCUCUCAACCAGGAUUGGAAUAAGUAUUGGUUUGUUUUAAGAGGCUCUGGUCUGACCUUCUAUAGAGAUCCAAGUGCAGAGGAUAAUGGUAUCUUGGAUGGAAUCAUAGAUCUGGGUGUUGCAAAAUCCAUCGAAGAAUGUGAAGUUGGAAGAAAUUACGGGUUUAUGAUUAUGACUUGGGAAGAGAAAAAGUAUGUAUUUUCUGCUGUCACAUCGGGUAUUCGUGGCAACUGGAUACAAGCCUUGAGAAAUGCAGCUAAUUUGAAGGAAUCCAAAGACCGUCCUCUGACGUUAGGAGAGAAGAUAGAAAGGGAAAUUGUUGCCAAAAGAGAUCGCCAUAACUCCCAAAACUCUACCUUUGAAAGUAUGGCUGCUGAACGUGACCAAGGUAGUGACAUGCAUAAUGACUCCAUAUCGUCUGCCAACAGUCGCUGUGUGUUUUCAUCAGAUGAUGAGUAUAAGACGGCAUCGGAAACAUCUGGCUGUGGCGGUCGUAUACAGAACAAUGAAGACUAUUUUGAGUGGGGUGAGAAAGAGGGAAACAUCAUCAGAAAAUAUCACAGAAAACCCAUUAACCUUCCAAAACCUAGUAGUACAUCAACUGGCAGCAGUGGCACUCUUCCAGGUUCCCCACCUCUUGCACGUACACUCAUUUCUAGGGUGAAAGAGCGUGCAAGAUCUAGAUCCAGUUCAAGAUCUCGGGCAAGCAAAAGGUCACGAUCAUCUCCUCCAUCAUCCAGACGAAGCACGAGAGAUGACUUCCCAUCAAUAACCCGGGAAGAAGUUCUUGCAUCGUGUUUCUCAGAGUCAGGAUCUUUACAGUCAAUCACAGAUUUGGAUGACAAAUUACGUCCAGAAAAGGAGAGUAGUGCUACAACCCUCACAGGUUCUGGUGAUGCGUUAUUAGUAGACCUCCUUGAGACACAGGUUGAAAGCCUCAAAGCAAAGUUGGAGCAAACUCAGGCUGACUAUCUGGAGCUCCAUAAAGAGAAUUCGGGCCUCAAGACACGUCUGCGUGCUGGAGGAGGACCUUCAUCCUCUAAUACAGUCACAGGUGCUCACCUUCAUCACCACAACCACCACCUCCACCACUCUGACCUAGACCUGCUUCAACAGUCCCCUUCUAGUAGGUCAAGAGCAAAGCUUGAAGUUAGUCUGUCUGAGUCUCGAGAAACCAUAGCAUCCCUUACUGAUGACCUGAAUCGUCUCCGUAAAAAGUUGGAGGUUUGUGAAGGGGAUUUGGACAGGUCAGAACGGGAAGUUGAUAAGUUGAGACGAGAUAAAGAGGAGAUGUCCUCUGAUACUCACAACUUAAGACAGCGAGUAUCAAGUCUUGAAAUGCAGAUCAAGGACUUGCUCGACCGAAUAGAAGAGCAAGAGCAUGACCUGUCUGAAAAGGCAUCCUGUGCCAACGAGCUUAAUGAAAUGAGAAAAAAGUACAACGAGCUGUUGGAUCGCAUGUCUUCUCAGUCUGAAUCUCAGGGUACCACAGAUUGGAAGCAGCAUUAUGAUCUACUAGAGAAAAAGUAUAUGAAAGAACGUGAAGAUUGGGAAGAAAGAUUAAGAACAGAAGAACAAAGAGUUGUGGAAAAAUCAGCAAGUCAGAUUUCACGGCAUGAUGAAAUAGUUCGGAGGCUAAACAGGUGCUUGCAAGAGGCUGAGAAGCGGAUUCAGGGUUUAGUUUUAGAGCUGGAAAAUGAAAGGGCCAAUACUAGCAGUCCCAAAAAGUUACACUCCGGAUCAAAAGGAGAAACAGCCAGUAGUACAAGAGAGAAACAGGAGCUAACUACACAGAUUGAGCACCUAACAAAUGAAUUAAGCCGAAUGCGAGACAAUUUGAAGUCUGAGAAAUCUGAGGUUUAUAAGUGGAAGGACCUGGUAAAGGAGUUAAGAUCUCUCUUAGAUGGAAAGAAUGAAGAGAUUGAAAGGAAACGUGAUGAGCCCCUCGAGUGUUCCCCUGCUCAGAACACCGGACCCAAAACUAUAGUGGUGGAAAGUCUACGGGAAUCCCUAAAGGCUACACAAAAGGAUCUUGAUCACACUGCUGAAAGACUACGACAGGGCAUUGAAGAAAAUGAAAGUUUGUGCAGUAGGAUACGGGAGUUAGAAAGAAAUCUCCAAGAAAAUGUACGUCGUGCUUCAUCUACCCUAUCAAUAUCCAGCAGUCGAGAACGAUUUUCAUCUAGGAAAAAUCUUCCUCGCAUUGAUUCACUAAGUGAUCUCACAAACUUUGACGUCUGCCUUGAACCAGAGUUACUAGACAAAGAACAGCUAAUUGAUGAAUAUAAUGAAAUAAGACUGAGAUUUGAAAAGGCAGUAAAUGAAAUCAAGGCUUUAAAACGUGAGGUCAGAGAAAUCCAAACACAGCAGGAUGAUAUGGAGUUAUCUAACCUCAAGUUAAAACAAGAUCUGAAAGGUAGCGAAGGAGAUUUUAAUUCCCAGCUGAACCUUAUGACAUGUAGGAUACAAGAUUUGACAAAUAAACUGACAAAUUCUGAAAAACAGGUACGCUUAUUGAAACAGAAGGUUAGUAGAGCAGAGAGUCGUGAUCGGAGGCGGACACAGUCUUUGAAAGGACGGGAAUCCUUUGCUUUAUCCAGAGAUAUGGAAACAAAAUUAUCUCAGUUGGAAGCCAAAGUAGAACAGCUUUUAAGACCUGAAGCUGAGGGACCUGAUGGUGAUGCGGAUCCAAAAGUCGCUGGCACGGCCAGUGAGAGUAAAUCAACGAAACGAUCCAAAAGUUUUGAUGAUUCUACAAAAUCUUCCCGUCUUCGAAGAAAGUCACUUGAUAGUCCAGCAAGUUCAGAAGCAAUGAAGGCCAUUGUUCGCUUAAAUACUCUUGAAUCUAAGGUAUCAAACUUGAUGGAAUCUGAGACCCCAACUUCCAGUUCGAGUGGGAAAACGCCCAUACGACCAAAGUCACCAACACAUCCUGCCUCACCUUUAAGAUCACCACUGAGGUCCCCAUCUAUGCCUCGCAAAUCACUUCGUUCACCAAGGGUCACUCCGGAGAAGACAGUUAAAUUAAGUCGAUCAGAAUCAGAAACAAAACACCUUAAAGAAAGGAUAUCUAACUUGGACAGAGUUUUGACAACAUUAGAAGCUCAGAUAAGUGAGUGUGUUGCUUGGGCGGGAUCAGUGGAGUGUGUGUGUUCAUGUGGUGCUCCGGGCAUUUCCUCUCUACAGCAGCGCUUAAAUAAUGCCAUCAGGAUAGCUCAGCUUCGACAUACUCACGUGGAUCAAGCUAAUGUAACUAAAUUACGCCCAUUAGUAUUACGUUUACAGGACAUGCUCAGGGAAAAACUGGCUGAAUUAACCAACCGCAGAGAUCAUCUUAAGGCUUCUGGAAAAUGGACUCGUGAUAUGCAACUGAAGUUGUUUGCUGAACGCCUUGCUUAUGAAACUUUGGUUCUCAGUCAGAUAGCUCAAGUGGUUCAAGCUGCUCAACGUCCACAUAUGUAUGAAGUCUCUAUUAAGCUUCAGGAACUGAUUGAGGCUCACAGAAAGUUAUCAUUCUUAGAAAAGAAAUUAACUAAUCCAGAUUUUGAUAUGGAAACAAUGGCACCUUUAGAUUUUUAUACUAGUUUACUAGCAGAAAAAUUAGUUGUGCAAGGAGAAGUAGCAAGUAGUAUCAGUCCUUCAAAUGCUUCUGUUCGCAGCUCACUUACUGGAGCUUCUAAUCUCAAUGAAACUUGCAGAGAUCUUCAAACUCGGUUAUUGGAAAGGGAGCGCUCAUUAGCUAACUUAUUAACUCAGUACAAAGAAGGGAAACUUCAUGAAGUGGCUGUAGUCAUGGCUCGAGAAACUGUCACAGGUGCUGGGCCACCUCAUGAUGACUCUGUGUUAUUAGAGGAAGUAAGAAUGAGGGAGGUUUGGACGAUGGCUCAAGAUUUAGUUGGACAGGAAUUGGUCAACACUGAGGCUGCACAGUCAUUAAUGAGACUAGGACAUCUACUAACUCCAAAUAGCUCUUCACCCUCUCCUUCAACCCAUCCUACAGCAGCUACUGUUGAAAAGUGGCAUACAGCAGCAGAGGAGUCCCUUCGGCUGGAAAUGGAAGAAGCUGUGUUUACUUUAAGUAAUAAAUAUGAAGGUGUUCUUGCUCAGUAUAGAGCAGGUGAUACAGGUGUAAUCAAUUCUGUUAGUGCUAAUAUGGAAACUGUUCUUUCAGAAUUUGCAUCUGUUGUAGCUCAGAAAGCUGUAAUUGAUGGCCAGUUGGCAAUAGUUCAGGGAGAUGGAGAGUCCACAACUUCAACAUCUGAACCUCUUACCAUAAUUGAAGAGACCCGUGAUACAGUUGGUUCUGCUAGUGAUGUGGUAGCCAGUGAAGCACAUCUCCUCAUGUUCCUUGGUGGAUGUGACUCUUCCAUGGAAAGUCUAAUACAGCCAGGACUAGAUCAGGCUGAAUUCACCUUUAUGUACAAUAAGGCACUUGCACAGGGAAACAGUGAGCUUACAAAACUUUUGCAAGCUGCUGCUGGGCAGGCUAAGGCUGAUGUUAGUUCCAUAAUUUCCCACUUAAAGGAAGGUGACAGUGAAUCACCUCAUAGUCUAAGUCAGUCUCCAUUAAAGAUGCCACCCUCACCAAAAGCCAAAAGAAAAAGUGAAAGCUCUCGAAGAUCUAGGAGAGCUUCAGACAUAACAGGAAUGGCAGAUGGUUGUCAACAGUGUGAAGAACUGCGACAAGAAGUGGCCAAGUUAAAGAGAAAUUUGGACUCAAAACGUAUGAAGGAACGGGAGGCUGAAUGUAAACAGUGCAUCGAGUAUAUGAACAACUUGAAGGCAUUAGAGCAAGAUCACAGGAUUGCGUUAUCAGCUUUACAAGCCCAGCAUGAUGAGGAAGUUUCAAGAUUACGAGAACAGGCCCGGCACGAACCACCAACACGCGAUAGUGAUGAUGAACUUACAGAACUCAAGAGAAGAUUGUGUCUUUUAGAAGAGGGUUAUGAAACGCAGAUUACUUCUCUGAAACAGCAAUAUGAAGAUGCCCUGGGAAGUCAACCCGAUAUGUGUGAAGAGAAAGUUCGUCAGAGAUAUCAGAAGGAAAUAGAACAUUUGAGAGGGCUUUGUGAAAAAGGGUUAAGUGCUAUGGAGAACUCUCAUAAACGUAUGCUGGCAGAAUUAGAAGAAAAGCAUAGGCGAGAAAUGGCUGCUCUUCAGGCCGAAAAAGAGCAAGCUUUAGCUGAAGAAACUCAGGCAACCUUAGCGGCUCUUGAUGCGAUGAGGAAAGCCCAUGAGGCUGAAGUGCAAAGAGAAAUUGGAAAAUUUAAAGAAGAAUUCAUUAGAAAGAUGCAGUCUGGUCAUGACAUUGGUGCGAUUCACAAGGAACACGAGGCAGAAAUGGAAGAUAUAAGGCAUGAAAUCCUAUCACUUUCUCAGAAAUAUUCCAUAAAAUGUCUUGAAUCAGCUGCAUUAGAAGAAAAAGUGGAGGCCCUGAAUAAACAACUUACUGAUGCCAGUAAGCAGGUGUUUGAUUUGGAAGCCCGUAAUAAGCAACUUAAAGCCCACUUGUCUGCUCAGGUUUCUCAGUUGCAGGAUGAUUCUGGAAAGGAUACCACCACCCAGUUUCGCUUGCUUGAAAGCGAGUUAGUGUUGCGGAAUGAAGAGAUUGCCAGACUCAGUCAGAAGUUGCAACAGGCUCAGUCGCACGAGGCUGAUCUGGGUGAGCUGUGUCGCCAGUUGGGUCACUUCCUGAAGGCUGAGAGACAAUUGAGGACCGACGAGGUAUCUUCUCUUAGGGAAAAACUUGAGCGCAUCAUUCUCACCGCUGCCAAUAUGAAAGAACAAUGCGGGAGCACAGACCCUUCCAGUGUUACAGAGGAUAAAUCACAAUUACGGCGAGGGUCAAGUUUAAGUGCAACAAGAGGUAAAGAGCUGAUGCGCUCCCCUAGUUGCCCACGUCUAUCUGGAUUCUCGUCUUUUUUAUCGGUUGGCCCCUCUCUGGGGGGAACGGGGCCGCCAGUACAAAUGACAACAGACCUCCCCUCCCCCCUAGCAGGGAUGGUUGCUUCACGGAAGAAAGUUUUCGAAACUCCAGCUCCCUACAUGGAGAAUGUUUAAGUAAAGAGAUGGAAGAGUCACAUCUAGAUCAAGCAGAAUAUGAAGAUGUGCCAGUUCUAGAGGCAGUAUGGGAAGAAGGACAUGAAGAAAGUGAUUGUGUGUCAGGUGAAGUAGAAAACCUUGGGGCUGAUAAAAGUCAAAGUCCAGGUGUUGUACAGAAAAUGGUUCGGAGAUUUAGUCGGCGUGACUCAAAGGUGAUUCUUCCUCUUGUGCGGCGAAACACAGUUGCCCGUUGCACAGAUGUUGUCAGUGAUGUACAGAAGGGAAAGCAUAAUCCUUUUCGUCGGGCAAGUGAGCAACAUGUAAUUUGGGAUGACAGUGUGUCAGGAGCAGAUGCUGCUACAGAUCAUGAGUUUUCAUCUUUAAUGGAGAGGGUUAGUGAUUUGUAUCAAAAAGACCUUAACAUCAAUAUGCAGAGUGAAGGUUCUUCUUUAGCUAGGGGUUCUUCUUCACGAAAAUCUCUUCCUGCUGGGGCGUUAAAGUCAUACAUGCGAGGAACUAAAGCCUCCAUUUUAAAAACGAGAGAGGGAAGCCCCCCUCAUAUAGUGGAUGUCUCCUCCGUUAAAGGAGUUUCAUCUCCUAAAGGAUCUCCUGCUUCUGUUAGGAAAGGAAGAGUGACUUCCAUUGUAACCAGCCAAGGAAAAGGAAGCACUUCUGAUAAGACUGACAUUAAACCAAAAAGUCAUGUAUCUGCUGGAAACACUGUUACUUUGCGCCGAAAGAAAGUAGUCACAGUUAAGCCUAGUAUACCUCCAGUGUUACUUAAAGGUGCUAAUAAAACUUCUAACCAAGCCAUAUCGAAGAGUACAGAUGAAAAUAUUUCAUCUGAGAAUAAAGAAACUAUCAACAUAGAGAGGUCAGUUAGUGUUUCUGGGAAUUCUGAAAGCCAAAGCAAUAAUUUUGAUAUUUCCCAACACAGCAAUCUCUUUAGCAUGCAGUGUCAUGAUAAAUGUAAUAGUUGUUCCCUUGUUGAUUUAUGGUUUACAAUAUGGCAUGUUGAAUUUAACAAGAAGUGAGUCCAUUCUGCUUUAAUGAUAAUCAAAUCUAUAUGAUAUGAAUGACUUGAAAUACCCAUCUUUUGUUUUGUUUUAAUGUAAAAUUAUAACCUUCUUACUUUUUGUUCAUUACUCACAAUUUAAUUGUGUACAUUAAAGUAUUUUAAUUAGUUAUGUACAUUAUUGGUACAUAUCCAAAAGAAUUCUAAACACACUUGACAAAUGAUAACCAAUUUUAAGCUAAUGAUGCCAGUUACCUUUUUGUUUGUAUUAUUAUCAUUCUUUUUAUAAUUAUCAUGAAUAUUUUUGUUAGUGAAAAUAUUCAUACUGUAUUUAAGAAUGUAAUCAUCCGGCACUGAAUGAAAUUAAUUUGUAACUUAAGAAUACAUUUAUCUGUGAGCCAAAUUAAGGGGGCAAGUAAUAGUAAACUAUUUUUUAAAAAGUUAAUUGUAUGGUAUUUUGAACUAAAAAUUAUUUGUUAUAAAGCCGAGAUUUUGAAUGUAAGUUUUUUUAUAUGGUUUGUAUAAUGUAUACCCAUGGUAAAAAUUAUUUAUUGAUUUAUUUAUAUGGCCAAAUGCCUUUUUUUUUCUUGCAAGAAAUGAGAUGUUAAGACAUUUUUGGUCUCACUGUACUGUAUGUUGUUGUAUAAGACUAAUGGGGAUGUGUAUAUUGUUUUAAAAGUAUAUUGCUUACUAAUAACUAGUAAUCCAGCAUUUUGUACAUGUUCUGUACAGCUAUCUGGUAGUUAUAUAAAAAGGUUUAUGAAUGAACAAAAUGUUUAUAUAUAUAUAUUUUAAAUAAAAUAACUGAAGACA